AUGGACAGAUAUUUUACUCAUAGAGCUAACACUGAAAAAAUACUCAAACACAUACAGUUAGGAAAAUUACUGGCCAAGACACAAGGAGUCCACACUGCUCGAUUAAAUACAGUCCAUGAUGCUCAAUUAAAUACAGGGCUAGUACUAAUUAAGUCAAACUCGGCUACUAAUAUUCACCUCGGUCCUU